UGGCAUUAGACUCAAACAGACUCACGCUCACCGCUCAGCGCUCGGCCUCGAGCGUUCUCUCCGUAGGAAAGACGUGGUCUAGGUCGACAGCUGCUGCAACCCUGCAAGCUGAGCUUCUUCCAUGGUGUUAGCUCUGAGACUCUGACAUAGUAACAGUUUUCCGCUUUCGGCUUCUCCAAGCUGUCUCUGAGCAAUCUAGAGGUCUGAGACAAAGAGUUCUACGACUUUUUUUAAUGUUCAGCGUAAUUGGAGGGAAGGUGGGUGAGAGGAAUCUUUCGCCGCCGGAGUGGAAAUUUUGUGAGCAGAGACAUGGCGUCUGCUUCUUGGAUUGCGUCUCUCACCUGUGCAAGUUCUGCUAUUCAAUCUCCGGCUGAAUGGUUGAGAUUCAUCUUCCUAGCUCCAUGCCCUCAACGAACGCUCUUCUCCACCGUCGAUCUUAUCUUCUUGCUUGUUCUCUUCGGCUUUGCCUUUCAGAAGCUUUGUUCGAGAUUCCGCUCUCGCGGUCAUUCCGAUUUCUCCAUUGAGAAACCCCUACUGGAAAGCAAGAGAAAUAAUCUCAGAACUAAUCUCUGGUUCAAGCUCUCCCUGAUUCUAACGGUGUUGUUAGCAAUCUCUUACAUUGUACUCUGCAUUCUCGCCUUUACCAGAAGUACCGAAUCGUCAUGGAAGAUACCACAAGGUGUUUUUCUCCUAAUCCAAGCAGUGACGCACUUAACUAUUGCGAUUUUGAUUGCUCACGAGAAGAAAUUUCAUUCCACUUCUCAUCCGAUGACCCUUCGAGUCUACUGGGUCGCGAACUUUGCUGUUGUCUGCUUGUUCGCUGCUUCAGCCAUUAUUCGACUAAGCUCCGUCCAAUGGAACCAGGAUUCCGAGUUAACAAAGGACGAUGUGUUCUUCAUUAUAAAAAUCCCUAUAUCCGCUUUUCUUCUCCUCGUCGCCAUUAGAGGAUCGACUGGGAUUACAACGACGAGAGAAACGCAUUCUGGGUUGGAGCCAAAUGGGAAACUGAAAGAGAAAGAACCUUUAUUGGGCGAACCGAACGUGAGCCUCUACUCUUCAGCUUCUUGGCUGUCUAGAGCAGUAUGGUUUUGGAUGAAUCCCCUGCUAAGUAAAGGCUUCAAAUCACCUCUGAAAACGGAGGAUGUGCCAUCGCUUGCGCCUGCACACAGGGCGGAGAGAAUGUCAGAGCUUUUCGAAUCGAAUUUUCCCAAACAGGCCAAUCAAUCGAAGCACCCAGUUCGAACCACAUUGCUUCGGUGCUUCUGGACAGAACUCCUCUUCACUGCUUUCCUGGCGAUCUUUCGGCUCUGCGUCAUGUACGUAGGUCCAACUCUGAUCCAAAAGUUCGUCGAUUUCACUUCAGGGAAGGGAAGCUCCCCCUACGAGGGAUACUAUCUCGUAACGACCCUUCUCGUCGCGAAAUUCUUUGAAGUUCUGGCAUCCCACCAGUACAAUUUCAACUGUCAAAAGAUCGGAAUGCUUAUUCGGUCCUCGCUGAUCACCUCUCUGUACAAGAAAGGCCUGAGGCUGUCCAGCUCGGCAAGGCAAGCGCAUGGAGUCGGGCAAAUCGUGAAUUACAUGGCCGUCGACGCUCAGCAGCUCUCCGAUAUGAUGAUGCAGUUUCACAGUCUGUGGAUGAUGCCGAUCCAAGUCACCGCCGCCUUCAUUCUCCUUUUCGGCUACUUCGGCCUAUCUGUGGUCGUAGCAUUUCUAGGGCUCGCAGGGGUCCUUCUGUUCACUUUGUUCGGGACCAAAAGGAACAACCGUUUCCAGCACAAUGUGAUGAAGAAUCGUGAUGCGAGGCUGAAAGCAACGAAUGAAAUGCUGAAUUAUAUGCGAGUUAUCAAGUUCCAAGCUUGGGAAGAGCAUUUCAACAAGAGGAUCCAAGCUUUCCGUGAAGCAGAGUAUGGGUGGCUCACCAAGUUCAUGUAUUCCAUCUACGGCAAUAUUGUGGUGACGUGGAGUGCCCCCGUGGUGGUCGCAUCGCUCACAUUCGGGGCUGCGCUCUUGAUGGGGGUUCCGCUCGAUGCAGGGAAGGCGUUCACCCUGACGACGUUCAUCAGGAUCUUGCAGGAGCCUAUCAGAGCGUUCCCACAGGCACUGAUCAAUCUCUCGCAGGCGAUGGUUUCGCUUGGCAGGUUGGACUCCUACAUGAUUAGCCAGGAGCUUGAGGAGGGAGUGGUGGAGAGGAUCGAAGGUUGUAGCGGUGGCGUCGCCGUCGAGGUGAAGGAUGGGGCGUUCGCUUGGGACGACGACGGCAACGAAGCUUUAUUGCGAGAUUUGAAUUUGGUGAUCAAUAAGGGAGAGCUUGCCGCCAUUGUCGGGACCGUUGGAUCCGGAAAGUCAUCUUUACUUUCCGCGAUUCUCGGUGAAAUGCGCAAAAUCUCGGGGACGGUAAGAGUUUGUGGAACCACCGCUUAUGUGGCACAGACUUCCUGGAUCCAGAAUGGAACUAUCCAAGAAAACAUCCUGUUUGGUUUGCCAAUGAACACAGAAAGAUACAGGGAAACAAUCAGGGUCUGUAGCUUGGAGAAGGACUUGGAAAUGAUGGAAUUUGGUGACCAGACUGAGAUUGGAGAGCGUGGUAUCAAUCUCAGUGGUGGGCAGAAACAGCGUAUUCAGCUUGCCAGGGCUGUGUAUCAGGACUGUGAUAUCUACCUCCUUGAUGAUGUUUUCAGUGCAGUUGAUGCUCAGACCGGUUCAGAAAUAUUCAAGGAAUGUGUGAGAGGAGCCCUUAAAAAUAAGACCAUUUUGCUCGUAACCCACCAAGUUGACUUCUUGCACAAUGUUGAUCUCAUUCUGGUCAUGCGAGAUGGGAGGGUAGUACAAUCUGGAAGGUACAAUGAGAUUAUGGAAUCUGGCGUGGAUUUUAAAGCACUUGUCAUUGCACAUGAAACAUCCAUGGAGCUGGUUGAAAUGAGUGUAAAUGAAUCUGGUGAAAACUCCAUACAAACUCCGAAAUCUCCCAAAGAUUCUUCAAACCAAGGAGAACCCAAUGGUGUAAAUGGGUCUGUUGAGCAGUCCAAGUCUGAGAAGGGAAAUUCAAAGCUCAUUAAGGAUGAGGAGAGAGAAACUGGCCAAGUUAACUUGCAGGUGUACAAGAUUUAUUGUACUGAGGCGUUUGGGUGGUGGGGAGUUGCAGCCGCACUACUUAUGUCUUUCGUGUGGCAGGCAUCUCUAAUGGCAAGUGACUAUUGGCUGGCAGUUGAGACUAAAGAAGAUAAUGCUUCUUCUUUCAGACCCUCUCUGUUUAUUGAUGUCUAUGUAGCAAUAGCAGCCAUUUCAGUUGUUUUGGUACUAAUCAGAUCCAUCCUUGUCGCCUAUAUGGGGCUCAAGACAGCUCAAAGUUUCUUCAAGCAGAUUCUUCAUAGUCUCUUACAUGCUCCAAUGUCAUUUUUUGAUACCACACCUUCAGGAAGAAUUCUGAGCCGGGCAUCAACAGAUCAGACGAAUGUUGAUCUUUUCCUCCCCUUCAUUUUGAGCCUAACAAUUUCCAUGUACAUUACAGUGCUCAGCAUCAUCAUUAUUACUUGUCAGUAUGCUUGGCCAACAAUCUUCCUAAUUAUACCAUUGGGUUGGCUGAAUAUCUGGUACAGGGGUUACUACCUUGCAACAUCUCGUGAGUUGACUCGCCUUGAUUCAAUCACCAAAGCACCUGUUAUUCUUCAUUUCUCAGAAAGCAUCGCCGGGGUUAUGACAAUUCGGUGCUUCAGGAAGCAAGGGAGUUUUAUUCAAGAGAAUAUUUACAGGGUCAAUGCAAAUUUGCGCAUGGAUUUCCACAAUAAUGGAUCGAAUGAAUGGUUGGGCUUCCGAUUAGAAUUGAUUGGCAGUAUCAUCCUGUGCAUAUCUGCAAUAUUUAUGGUCUUCUUGCCAAGCAGUAUCAUCCAACCUGCAUAUGUGGGUCUAACUCUCUCCUAUGGUAUGUCUCUCAACGGUGUACUGUUUUGGGCUAUCUUUUUGAGUUGCUAUGUGGAGAACCGAAUGGUAUCUGUUGAGAGGAUAAAACAGUUCACAGACAUUCCAUCUGAAAAACCAUGGAGGAUCAAAGACUGUCUGCCUUCUCCAAAUUGGCCAACCAAGGGCAAUGUCAAUCUGAAGGACUUGCAGGUUAAAUAUCGACCAAACACUCCUCUGGUUCUGAAAGGCAUCACUCUCAGCAUACAAGGAGGAGAGAAGAUUGGUGUUGUUGGUCGAACUGGGAGUGGCAAGUCAACUUUGAUCCAAGUUUUCUUUAGGUUGGUGGAGCCUUCUGGAGGCAAAAUAAUUAUUGAUGGGGUCGACAUUUGCACACUGGGUCUUCAUGAUCUUAGAUCCCGUUUUGGAAUAAUUCCCCAAGAACCAGUCCUUUUCGAAGGAACUGUCCGAAGCAAUGUUGACCCCGUUGGACUCUAUUCAGACGACGAAAUAUGGAAGAGCCUUGAACGUUGCCAACUGAAGGAAGUGGUGGCUGCAAAGCCUGAGAAACUUGAUGCUCCAGUGGUUGACAAUGGGGACAACUGGAGCGUGGGACAAAGGCAGCUUAUUUGUUUGGGCCGUGUAAUACUUAAACGCAGCAGGCUUUUGUUUUUGGAUGAAGCAACUGCUUCUGUUGAUUCACAAACUGAUGCCGUCAUACAAAGGAUUAUCAGAGAGGAUUUCUCAGCCUGCACAAUUAUAAGCAUUGCUCAUAGAAUACCUACAGUCAUGGACUGUGAUAGAGUUUUGGUCAUAGAUGCUGGACUAGCAAAAGAGUUUGACAAGCCAUCUCGGUUGCUUGAAAGACCCUCUCUAUUUGGUGCAUUAGUUCAGGAGUAUGCCGAUCGUUCUCAUGGUUUAUAAACAUUGACUGAGUUCUCUUAAAUUGCUACAAAGGUAGAAGUUGCUUAUCGUGCCCAUCUCCACUGACCUCAGCGACUAGUGAUUGCAGAACUGAUGGCACAAAUUUAACUACCAGGCAGUAGAAUUUCCAUCUGCCACCCCUUCCUCCACAAACCUUCUCUUUCAGAUUCAUAUAUCAAGUUGCUUGGUCUAAUAUACUAGCAUCAGAUAUAAUUUAUAUCCAUCAAUUUGUUCAUAUUGGUAAUCUAUACUGUUCGGGGGCUUUUGCUUUUUCAUUGGAGGAACAUUUAUUGAAUCAGAAACAUGCUUAUUAUGGAUGUGUUAAAAAAGGAACACAUGUAAUUCCCACACUAUGAAAUCAUUUUGAAUGAACUACUUAUGGUCCAGGACCAUUUCAAGGACAGUUUCUGUUCAUGGGAACUUGCUCAUUUAAACAGAAAGAAGGCAAUUUGUGUGGCAUUUGAAGAUGGAAGAUGUCAAGUGGAGGUUCAAAAUGAAGAACCAACUCAAGAUUUCACUAGCAUGUGGCAGAGCUUAAUAAUACAGGGUUUAUUAUAGCAGAUUAGCAUUGUUAUAUGAAGACUACUUCCUAAUGCAUCCCCUCCAUUAGUGAGUUAAGCUACAUUAUCUGCAACCAUAACCUUUUCUUUAGAACAAUAUGUAAGUCUUGCCCAUUUAAGUGUACUCUUUGUAGGAUUUAUUUUUGUCACUUCACUGUAUUACAAGUAGGGAUAAUCUUUUGCAUAAAAUUAGUUAUUUUCCUUGACUUUUCUCUCACUAUGCAA